CUGCACUGCCGCUACACCACCACGGCGGACGGGCUGCGGGGGGCAGGCAACGCCAUAAAGGACCGAUGCGCUCGCAGUGAUCGCGUGUGCGCGCGCCUGCUGCACGCCAGCCGGGGACCACUACACCGACCCACCGGGAGAGUCUGGAAGAGGGAGAAAGGCGGCAUCCAAAAUGCCACGCUCCUUCCUGGUCAAGAAACAUUUCAAUUCAUCCAAGAAGCCGAACUACAGCGAGCUGGACACUCAUACAGUGAUUAUAUCCCCAUACCUGUAUGAAAGCUAUCCAGUCCCUAUCAUACCACAGCCAGAGAUCCUGAGCUCAGUAGCUUACAAUCCCAUUACUGUGUGGACUACAACCGGGCUGCUACCGUCUCCGUUACCCAAUGACCUCUCUCCGCUUUCUGGAUACCCCUCAUCUUUGGGAAGAGUCAGUCCACCUCCACCUUCUGACACCUCCUCCAAAGAUCACAGUGGUUCAGAAAGUCCCAUUAGCGAUGAAGAAGAGAGAAUCCAGUCCAAGCUUUCAGACCCCCAUGCAAUCGAAGCUGAAAAGUUUCAGUGCAGUUUAUGCAACAAGACCUAUUCAACUUUCUCUGGCUUGGCCAAACAUAAGCAGCUGCACUGUGAUGCCCAGUCUAGGAAAUCGUUCAGCUGCAAGUACUGUGACAAGGAGUAUGUCAGCCUGGGAGCACUUAAGAUGCACAUCAGGACCCACACGCUACCUUGUGUCUGCAAGAUCUGCGGCAAGGCUUUCUCUAGACCCUGGCUACUUCAAGGACACAUUAGAACUCACACUGGAGAGAAGCCGUUUUCCUGUCCUCACUGCAACAGGGCUUUUGCAGACAGAUCCAAUCUGAGGGCUCAUCUGCAGACCCACUCGGAUGUGAAGAAAUACCAGUGCAAAAAUUGCUCCAAAACUUUCUCCAGAAUGUCUCUUCUGCACAAACACGAGGAAUCUGGCUGCUGUGUAGCACACUGAGUCAUGCAGUCAAUGUUUACCUGGACUCAAUGCAUUUCUCCACUCCUGUUCCAAAUGAUAAGUGGAAAUCCAAAGGCGUUUUCUCGUCUUCUUUUCUGCCAAA